AUGGUAGUGAUUGUUGAUUGGCUGGUCAGUGUGAUCUUAGCUAUCACUGCAGCCUAUCUGGUGCAUACUUACUCGGAUAGACAGAGUAGGAAUGAUAGGUUGUUAAAGUUAAAGAAGCGACUGAAGAGGAAUGCUGAUCUACGUCAGGGUGGUGUCCUCAGCGGAAGGAAUAGACCAUCACCAACACUAGAUUCAAAUAAUAAUCAAUCAUUAUCAACGACAUCAUCAUCAUCAACAUCAUCAAACAAUCAAACAUCAACAACAACUACAACAACUACAAAUAAUGUUACAAAGAGCAAGAAGCUAGGUUAUCAACCAUUCAGACGACAAUAUGGUUUAGCAUCGACAUCAUCAGAAGGUCAAAUACGAGGUGCCGAUGAUAUGUUCAUAGGCCUCGAUGACAUUGCAAUGUCACACACAAACAUGUUGCACUCAUUGGACAACAUCCAUGACGACGGCGACGACGACGACCAUGUCGUGCCCAAGGUGAUGGACUCGGUUCAGUCACACGCACAACAACAACAACAACAAGAGAAGGGCGAGAUUGAAUCAUCGAUGGGCAUGAUGGAUGACGAAGAGGACUAUGAGGACGAGUAUGACGAUGAGGAUUCAAUCAUGUCGUCGCCAAACAGCAGUGUGCUGGGUGUGCCAACAAUGGCUGAUCAUCAGAAGCAGAGCAAGGAGCAGAUCGACAUGGAGAGGGAGCGUAUCAAGCAGACAUUGUUGCAGCGUCGAUCAAACAUCAUCUCGCAGCCAAUGCUCGAGCAACUCAGUCAGAUGGAGGAGCGCCAGACCCGACCCAGACGCAUCGCAGUCGGUCGUCGCAACAUAUACAGCCAGAACCAAAUACAAAAGAACCUUCAACUCAACAGCGCCAACCUGUUCAACAACCUCAAGGCGCCCAUCCUGUCGUCGGCCAAGGUCAACCCAUCACUCUACGUGCCCACCACCGCCUACGGCUACUACAAAGACGCUGACGACCACGUCUACAUCAAGCGCGAGCCCAUCAACACACCAUCGCCCCUGUUCAAGUCUGCAGCCAACUCCAAGAGUGGUGACCUUCUUGCGCUCGAGGACUUCUUGGCUCAGAACAACACAUCACAGUCACAAUCACUCUUUGGCAAUCAAUCAUCAUCGUCACCAUCAAAGGGUCGUGGAUCAUACAAUGGAUUGAUGAGCGUGAAGAAGAGGAGACCUUUGGAGAACUCAAACUAUAGCGUGGACUCGGCCUCUAUCCCAUUGAGGACGGCCAGCGGAGGCAUCAAGACAAACACAGACGAUGAGAUGGACACUUAUGGCGAUGACGAGCGCGAUGAGAUCGAUCACCUCUAUCAAGGCGUCAACAACAGCGUGAUCAUCACGCCCAUGACUGGAGUCAAGCUGAACACCUCCACUCAAUCGACCACAUCAAGCUUCAGCCAUCAGGUCGUGCCACAGAUGAUGCCACCGCCCAACAUCUCGCCCAUACGGCCCAACGGCGCACCACUGGUCCCAACAACAACAAUAACAGCAAUGCCAAUGGUUGAUUGGAGUCAUCACUUUGCCAUCUCAAACGAUUCGGUGGCAACCAACAAGAGCUUGGAGGAGGACGAGGAGGAGGACUACUGCGGCAGUGACAUUGAUGGCGAGGACUUCUCCAGUGUAAACAUCGACUACAACGAGCGCUUUCAAGAGAUUAUGGAGGAUCUGCGCAAUAUCGAUUGUAACGCCUACCAAAAGGACAGGAUUCGCGUCAACAGUCAGUUCAUCGCGCUCACACAAGACUUUAUCUACGCAUCACAGACCUUUGCCAAGGUCAUUAUAUCCGAGCGAUAUCUUCCCAACACUGAGAAGACCAUCCCUCCCAUCGACAUUGGCGGCCUGGCCGGUGGUGACAAGUUCAUCGUGCAUGGCAUCCUUUUCAAGUUCGCCAUCGACAAGGAGAACUUCUAUGGAAGCGACUACGCCGCAUCGUGCGUCGCUGGGCACGAGCUCAAAGGUCUGAUCAAUGUGUUCAACUCAAACUCGCGCGAUCUCAGUCUACCCCUGAUGGCUCUGGUCGACUAUCGCGGCUUCCGAGUCAUUGCCAUGUCCAUCUUGCCCGUGGAGAAGGACACCAUCUGUUAUGGCAGCAACGACUAUGGAAUGACAAUUCACAACAGCGACAAGGUGCUUAGCGAUCGAGUCAUGGACGUGGCGCGACAGCUCAACAUCAAGUCGCAUCACUGUGGUGAGGCAGGCACGUACCUCCACUCGCCUGCCGACCUCGAGGGCCACAACGGCUUCGACGGCCGUUACUACCUGCUCGACUUUGCCCGCAUAUUCCCGCCCGAGGCACCCUCCAAACAGAUCAAGAUGGGCCAUCUCUAUCGUCUGUUGCGUCCAGAGUUUGUGAGGAACUACAAGUACGCGCUGUGCUCAGACUCAUUCUCGCGCUUCAUCAAGGGACACAAUGACGAGGAGCACAACAGGGAGACGGUGGACGCGACCAUGUACCUGUUCAACACUACGAUUCCCGAGCUUGCUGAGGAGCUCAACCAGAUUGAGCUGGUGGACGCCAAUGACGUCUACCACUUCCCCAUCCCAGAGCGAGUGCACAAGCACGGUGUCAACGUGCGCUACCUUGGACAUGUGCGAAAGCUGUGCGAGACGCCCGACAUGAAGUCGCUGAUCUUUGUGGAGAUGUGCGCGCGAGUAGUCAAGCAACAGCUGCGUCAGAAGCUAAGGUUCAAGAUGAAGCAGGCCAGGAUACCAUUGGAGGCACCAUAUCGUCGUCUCAUUGUCGCCUAUCUCAACAGAGUGCUUGGCACCUCAGACAAGAGUGAUGACUUUUGGGACAACAAGAUGAAGAAGUACCUGAUGAAGAAGUUCGACAAGGCAUUGUUCGAUGAUGAGAUCCAGGGUAACUCGAUAGCAGACAGUUUGGUGGCCUUCUCAGACAACCAUACUGAUGGCAAGUAUCUCUUGUUCAAGCGUAUCCAGAAGAUGACUGGCCUCAAGUUCUCAUCGCGUAUCAAUGAGGAGUUCCUCAGUCGUCCAAACACAUGGCUCGAGCGUGGUGAAUACCCAUUGGACAUCAACGAUCUUGAGGAGAUUGGCAUCCGAGUCAAGUACAUCCCCUUCCACAACGUGGCACAGGGCUACCUGUUCAAGGUCAAGGGCGAGCUGCUCUUUUCCAGCGAUCCAAUCGCCGCAUCGAGGUUCUUCAACCUGGCACUGGAGAAGUUGGAGACGGCUUUGGAGACCGAUCCAAACAACACCAACACUCUGUGCACGAUGGGUGAGGUCUACCUUCAUCUAGGCGAGGGUAGCUCGCACGCCCUCUCCGAGCUGUCACUCAAUCUCGAGAACCCAUUGGUGGCCAAGGCCUACGAGUACCUAGGCCGAGCCAUCUUCUCCAACAGGACGCACACCAUGUCACUGUUCCGAUUUGCCCAGCUCCUCGAGCGUCUGUCAGAGUUUGAUCGUGCCGAGGAGUAUUACAUCGCAUCACUCGAGUCCAAUCCAAACAACAUCGCCUGUCUACAGGAGUAUGGAAACUUCUUGCAGACUGCGCGCAAGGAUCCAGCAGCAGCCGAGCCAUUCUUUGUUCGCGUGUCUGAGAACCAUCAGUACCUGCACGUCACCUCACAGCGACAGACCGAGCUUAACCUACGCGGCUCGUCCGGUCUUCUCAAAGUGCGUCCCAAGAUGGAGGCCAGCAGCAACAACAAUGCACUGGACUCGACAUUCUAUACACAUCACAAGCGAUCAUCAUCAACCAGUAGCGGCAGUGGCACGAUGGACUACCAGCCACAUGUAACAUUCGCCAACAACAUCAUCAACAAUAGUAGUAGUACUAGUGGCUAUCAAAACACUCACAACAAUGGUCACAGUAGGAGCAAUAGUAGUAAUAGUAAUAGUAGUAGUAGUACAACCAGCAACAGCAGCAGCAGCAACAAUCUAUUAUCACCAACUUAUAAGCCAAGCAUUGAUAAGUCGAAGUCAUCGAUGCAUUUAACAACACCGGCUCACAUGAAGUCAUCAUUCCCAUCACUGAUCACCACUCCAUCCACACCGCCAUCCACUCCGAGGACGACCAAGCCAACAACAACAGCAACAACAGCAACGACGAAUGGUGUAAAUGUAAUGUAG